AAUACCUGUCUGGCUGUGUCUGUCUCUCUUAAAGGCUCCUUCCAAGGUAGAAAAGGAAAAUGAAGAUUAAAAGAGUAAAAGAAACAAAAACAAACACGAAAUUACAAAAACAGGAAAACUUGAUCGAUCUUUUUCUCAAUUAUUUUUUAUUCUCGUUUCUUCCGUCUUCGGAAUUCAUUUUGUCGAAUUUUCUGUGAAGAAUUUUAGGGUUUGUUUUGGUUGAUUUCUUUAGUGAGGGUGAAUUAGGGUUGUGAAAUUGAAGAGGUGUGGAAAUUUGUCAAGACGUGUUUAGUAGGAAGAAAAGGUAUGAUGAUCGUCGCUGUUGGUUUGUUUUCAGUUGUAAAGAGAUAACACAGUAUAUAUACCACAAGUGAAGAAAAAGAAGAAACCUUUUUGGAUUGGAUUAUGGGAAAUAAGUUGGGUAAACGAAGACAAGUGGUGGAUGAAAAGUAUACAAGACCACAAGGAUUGUAUCAACAUAAAGAUGUUGAUCAUAAGAAACUAAGGAAAUUAAUUCUUGAUUCUAAAUUAGCUCCUUGUUAUCCUGGAGAUGAUGAGUCUGCUUUUGAUCUUGAAGAAUGCCCAAUUUGCUUCUUGUAUUAUCCAAGUCUCAACCGCUCAAGAUGUUGUACCAAAGGCAUAUGUACAGAGUGUUUUUUGCAGAUGAAACCUCCUCAUUCUACUCGUCCUACACAAUGUCCAUUUUGCAAAACAUCGAAUUAUGCUGUGGAAUAUUGUGGUAUGAGGUCAAAAGAGGAGAAAGGCAUGGAGCAAGUCGAAGAGCAAAGAGUUAUAGAAGCAAAAAUACGGAUGCAACAACAAGAACUUGUGGAUGAGGAAGAGAGAAUGCAAAGAAGGCAAGAUAUUGGUUCAUCUAGCACAACUAUGAUCGCUGGGGAAGUUGGAUAUACAGAUCUAUCAAGUAGCUCCCUGCCAGGUCCAUCGUUCGGUUCCCCUAUAGGAUGUGAUGACAUUGUCUCUUCUCAAGACACGUGUUCUGCUCCUACGAUUAGACGACCAUCACGCUCUAGGCAGAACAGGGAAAAUCAGUUUGACCUAGAUCUAGAGGACAUUAUGGUGAUGGAAGCAAUCUGGCUUUCCAUUCAGAAUACCGAGUCACAGAGGAAUACGGCUCAUGGUGAUGCUUCUAUAUCCGAACCCUUAGUCACAGAAUUUCGUUCAGUAUCUCCAGCGAUAGUCCCAGUAGUUGGAGCAGGAGCAGAAACAUCUUCAUCCCCUUCAGGUGGUCUAGCUUGUGCAAUUGCUGCCCUUGCUGAGCGUCAGCAUAUGGAUAGGGAAUCCACUAGCGAUGCUGGAAAUAAUUCAUCAGUUCCUUUCGACAUGCUUCCAGAUUCUGGCAGCCUGCCGCAUUCUGGGGAGGAGCAGGGAGGAGGGCAGGGUUAUAAUAUGCCCAAUAAUUGGAUUGAAGUUUCACCUGACAGUGGGAGGGCAUUGUCUGGAGGAGAGGAAGGCGAGUGGGGUGGGAUUGACCAUGGAUCAGAGGUAGCCGAGGCAGGUACAAGCUAUGCAAGUUCUGAUGCUGCUGCUGAAGUUGCAUUACCACCACCUCUCCUGAAAGCAGGAGAUCAUCAUUUCCAGUCUAACAUCAACGGAUCUGUUAUGCCUGAAAGUUUUGAGGAGCAGAUGAUGCUGGCUAUGGCUGUUUCGCUAGCGGAGGCUCGUGCGAGGUCAAAUGCGCAAGGAGUGGCAUGGCUUUAGCUACUUUAUAGGUUCCAUUGUUAAGGGUAUUCCCUUCCGCUGUAUCUUCCUUAUGGUGUUGUUUCUAUUAAGUCUUCCUGCUUUGUAGUGUUUCAUUUACCAAUGUAGAAAAUGGAAAAUAUAGGUAGCUAGUUCUGUCAGUUGAUAAAAGAAUCGAUGGGUCAUGAAACUUGCAAUAAUCUUUCUCUGCUUCUGCCUGUCUUUGGAUCUUUUACUUUGAGUACUUUAGCUUUUUACCCUAGAGUUUGUUAUGGGGGUGUUCUUAAGGGUAAAUAUUACUGAAAUGCUCCCAAAUAUAUGUAUAGUAUCAGAUUCAGAAGUUUGCGAGAUAGUUGUCUCAUACAACUUUUAACAAAAAA